AUGGCCGCCGGGGAAAGAAACGAGACUGCGGCCGCGGCGGCGACAGCGCCAUUGCUUGCGCUGGCGAGGGGCAAGGAGCGUUGCCCCGCUUGCAGGCUGGCGGAGAUCAACAUGGCCAGCACCAGCAUCCCCUACCGCAAUUUCUUCUACGUCUGGGUCGUCUGCCUCUGCGCAUCGCUACCAAUCCAGUCAUUGUUUCCCUAUCUAUACUUCAUGAUUAGAGACUUGAACGUUGCAAAGCAAGAGGAGGAUAUUGGGUUCUACGCUGGUUUUGUCGGGGCUACUUAUUUUCUUGGAAGAACCAUCAGUGCUGUGCCAUGGGGCAUGUUUGCUGACAAGUAUGGCAGGAAGCCCUGCAUUGUAAUCAGUAUCCUUUCAGUGAUCGUAUUUAACACCCUCUUCGGCCUUAGCACGACUUACUGGAUGGCAAUUGUAACUAGGGGUCUACUUGGGUUACUUUGUGGUAUAUUAGGACCAAUCAAGGCCUAUGCUUCGGAAGUUUGCAGGAAAGAGCACCAAGCCCUAGGAAUUUCUCUUGUUACAUCUUCUCGAGCAAUAGCCCUUGUUGUUGGACCAGCCAUUGGAGGAUUUCUUGCACAGCCUGCAAAGAGGUUCCCAAAUCUUUUCUCGGAGGAAUCCAUAUUUGGAAGGUUUCCAUACUUCCUCCCUUGCUUCGUCAUAUCAGUUCUAGCAGCAGGAGCAUGUGUAGCGUGCAUUUGGCUUCCGGAAACUCUGCACAUGCACCAUGAUGACAAAACUAUUGAUACGAUGGAGGCACAAGUAUGGAGAAUGGCAUCUACAAAGAGCCUGCUAAAGAACUGGCAAUUGAUGUCAGCAAUAACCCUCUACUGUGUCUUUUCUCUCCAUGAUACAGCUUAUCUCGAGAUAUUUUCGCUCUGGGCCGUCAGCAGCAGAAAAUACCGGGGACUGAGUUUUACAUCUCAGGAUGUUGGUACAGUGCUAGCUAUCUCGGGUCUUGGUGUUUUAGUGUACCAGCUUACGAUUUAUCCAUUCCUUGCCAAGUAUGCUGGGUUAAUCAAGCCAUUCCGUUCUGCAGCGGUAUUGUCUAUACUUCUCCUUGCAACAUAUCCAUUCAUGGCCAACCUGUAUGGUAUGGAGCUCAAAGUACUCAUCAACAUAGCUUCGCUUCUGAAAAAUGUGUUUGCUGCGACCAUUACUAUUGCGUGCAACAUUCUGCAGAACACGGCGGUGGCACAAGAACAAAGGGGUGUUGCAAAUGGAAUCUCUGUGACUCUGAUGUCUAUCUUCAAAGCAGCAGCUCCAGCAGCAGCAGGAAUUUUGUUUUCAUGGGCCCAGAAGAACAUAACUGGGUUGUUCUUACCAGGUGAUCAGAUUCUGUUCUGGUUGCUGAACAUGGUGUCAGUUCUCGGGCUCUCGUUGACGUUCAGUCCGUUUUUCUCUAUGCCUAGUGCGAUGAAAUGA